AUGGGGACUGCAGACGCUGCUGUGUACUCGCUCGAACAACUGCUGAAUGGACACUUGGCUUCGCUCGAACCGCCCUUCUCGGACGACGACUUGAGAACCCUUGCUCUCCUUGUCAGUCCGGCGACUCUGCUGGACGCGCUGGACCUCGUAGACCGGGACCAGGUCGCCCGCAUCACUCCUCCGAACGGUCGCCCGCUCUACCAAGUCGCCAGCUCGUCCGGCGGCCAAGCCUACACCGUCUUUCCCGACAUCACAGGCGGAUACUGUCCCUGUCCCGCGUUCUCAAACGGCGUGAUUGCGCGCCAGGCGCAGGGGAAUCCAAUGAUCUGCAAACACCUCCUCGCAUGCCGGCUCGCCGACCGCCUCGGCUCGUCAGGCUGGAAAGACAAGCACGUCUCGCUCAAGUGGGUCGCGGGGCUCGCGACAAAGUUUGGGACUGCGGUGCCGCCUGGAUUGGCGAGUACAAGUGUGGGUGCGGGUGCGGCUGAGGGAGGAGGAGCGGCGGCGGGAUGA